UCGACAUAGAAAACGAAUGAUAGCUUGAUUUUUGUAAAAGGAAAGGGAUGCAGUUGCCCGGGGUUCUACUGUGCGUCGUCGGGAGCUUGGGCAGGGGCGUCUUCGGGCAAAGGCUGCACUAUGCCUUUGCUUGCAGCGCAAAGUCCCAAUUGCAGCGGCACGAAGCUGCAGCGCAGUCAUGUGGAGUUCUGUCUCGGUGCUUCUCAGGCGUGCCUGCUCACACGAUCGUCGGCAUGCCAGCAUUAUCACCUACUAUGUCUCAAGGGAACAUCGCGAAGUGGCACGUGAAGCCGGGACAGGAGGUUUCGCCGGGCUCGGUCCUCGCAGACAUUGAGACGGAUAAGGCCACGCUGGCAUUUGAAAACCAGGACGAGGGCUUUGUUGCAAAGCUUCUUGUGCCCGAUGGUGCGCGGGACAUUCCGAUCGGACAGCCGGUGCUGGUGCUGGUGGAGGACGCCAGCAGCGUCGCAGCCUUUGCCAACUUCACGCCGGGGCAGUCCGCACCCGCUGAUGCUGCCCCUGCUGCCCCCGUGGAGCAGCCCCCAGCAGCCAUUGCUGCACCUGCGCUGAUGGAGCAUGCCUACCCGCCCCACACGCGGCUGACAAUGCCCUCCCUGUCACCCACCAUGGACCGUGGCAAUAUCGUGGCGUGGAAGGUGUCCCCGGGCACUGCCAUCAAGGCUGGUGACGUGCUUGCGGACAUUGAGACGGACAAGGCCACGCUGGCGUACGAGGCGGUGGCGGAGGAGGGCUACGUGGCGGCGCUGCUGGUGCCGGAGGGCACUCGUGACGUGGCGGUGGGCACGCCCCUGGCGCUGCUGGUGGAGGACCCCGAGCACCUGGCCGCCUUUGCGCGCCUCACACCCGAGCAAGCGCACGCGCUCGCGCUGGGACCGCAGUCUGGCCAAGCAGCUGCGGCCGCGGGGAUUACGCCGCCGGCAUCGCAGGGGCCUGCAGAGGCGGCACCUCGCGUGGUGGCCAGUGAACGGCUGGGUCCGGCUGCUCGGCUGCUGCUGGAGUCGUCAGGUCUGAAACCCGAGGACGUGACGCCCACCGGCCCCAACAACAUCAUCACCAAGGCGGAUGUGCUGGCGGCCAUUGCCGGGGGCGUCAAGCCGGGCAGCGCCGCAGCGGCCAAGCCCGCAGCCACCAAGCCUGUGGCCGCAGCUACAGCCCCUGCGGCAGCGACGUUGAAGGCAGCCGCCCCCGUAGCCGCGGCAACGGCGGCUGCUCAGCCUUCCGCUGGCUCAGCAGGGCCGAGCGGCAGCGGUGGUAGCGGUGGCGGCAGCUACACGGACACGCCCAACAGCCAGAUCCGGCGCAUCAUCGCCGCCCGGCUGCUGGACUCCAAGCGCAACACGCCCAGCUUAUACAUGCGCGCGGACGCCUGCCUGGAUGCGGUGGCGGACCUGCGGGCUUCGCUCGCGGCACGGGGCACCAAGGUGUCGGUGAACGACUGUGUGCUCCGCGCGGUGGCUCUGGCACUGCGCGAUGUGCCGGCGGCAAACGUGCACUGGGACGAGGCCGCAAGUGACGUGCGCGCCUUCGGCGGCGUUGACAUCAGUGUGGCGGUGGCCACAGAGCGCGGCCUCAUCACGCCUAUCGUGCGGGCGGCGGAUGUCAAGGGGCUGCUGGCGGUGAGCCGCGAGGUGCGGGCGCUGGCGCUGAAAGCCAAGGACAACAAGCUCAAGCCUGAGGAGUUCACGGGCGGCUCAUUUACGGUGUCCAACCUGGGCAUGUACGGCCUGACGCACUUCAGCGCCAUCAUCAACCCGCCGCAGGCUGCCAUCCUGGCGGUGGGCGGUGCCACGGAGCGGGUGGUGCUGGUGGGCGGCCAGCCGGCGGUGCGCAGCGCCAUGAGCGUGACGCUGUCCGCCGACGGGCGGGUAUACGAUGGCGAGCUGGCGGGCGCGGUGCUGGCGGCCUUCAGGCGCCACAUGGAGCAGCCAUACGAGCUGCUGAGCGCCACCAGCAGCUGAGCGCCUGAGCGAUCAAGGGGGUGAAAGCGUGGCAUGUCACUGGAGGCAGCAAACCCCUCAGCCACCCUGUCGGGCGUCACGGUUUGCAGCCGACGUAACGUAUAUCCCGAGUGGAUAGUUGGGGGGCCGACGUAACGAGUAUACCGAGUGGGUAGAUGCAGGGUUUAAGAUGCCUUGCCGUCUGGUAACGCACCGACAUUGGAUGUGUCCCAGUACCAGUUGUCUUACAGGCUGCGCUCACAGGUGAAAUGCACGUCCGGGCCGGGAACAAGGGGUGUCAGCUUUGUACAGCUGGAAAAUGGGCUGAGCCCCCGUACGCUUGGGAGCUAGUAGGAAUGUAUCGGCCCCAGAGCCUCAGUCCCCACCGCCUCAUGCCCCUACGAAGCACAGGCGCGUGGCUAGGGACACUCGGGUUGGGGCCAGGGCCGGAUUUUCCACGCCAUCCUUGUGCGUGCCUUGGAACGUUACCAAACACCCCAAGCCUUUCUCUAGCCUCCUGCAUAGGCAACACCCCUCCGGCGCCCCACGCUCAAAGGGCUAGGCGCGGGGCGGGGGCGACCUCGGGGCUUCUCGGCAUCCUGGCGCGUCGGCAGGCAGGGCUCGGCAAGUCGCAAGGUUUGGCUGUUGCACACAGUUUCGACAUUCUUGCCCCAAGACGCUUGUCGUCGACAUGUUUGAUACAUGGCUGUAAGAAAUUAGGGCCCGAGAGCUAUACUCGCGACUCUCGCGAAAGUCAAUUGUCCAUGAACGCGCCAAGGCAGUUCUCGCUCCGCCCGAAUUUUCCCUGCCACCUAUUUACAUGCAAUAGGCAUUAUCGCGGUUCCCAGAACAAACUUCCUUUUUUGGUCCGUCGCCCGGCUCCUUACGUUCCUUACGUUCGCUUGCGUUCACUACGUUCGCAAGCGUGAAAUUGCAGCCUACAGUGCCUGUAUGUGCUAUUUCAUGUUUGUAAUCUAUUUGUUUA